AUGGCAGUGUGGACCUCUAGUUGGGUGAUGACUUUCCUCCUGUUGAGCCGUGACAGGCGGGCGGCCUCGGAGCCGACCAGACGGACCAGCACCCUCCGUGGGCAGGGGGAGGAAGUGACUGAGACAUGGACAGGACGAGCCUGUAAGUGUGACUGUGAGGGGUCAGAAUCCCCAACCCAGUUCACCUCCCUCUCCCCCACCCCACCACGUGUCAUGGAGUGUAUGCCAGAGUGUCCGUACCACAAGCCCCUGGGUUUGGAGGCUGGGUCAGUCAGACCAGACCAGAUCAGCUGUUCCAACGAGGACCAGUACACUGGCUGGUUCUCCUCCUGGCUCCCCAGCAAUGCCAGACUCAACAACCAGGGCUUUGGGUGUGCAUGGCUGUCUAAGUUCCAGGACAACAGCCAGUGGUUGCAGAUUGACCUGAAGGAGGUGAUGGUGGUGUCUGGUAUCCUGACCCAGGGGCGCUGUGACGCUGACGAAUGGAUCACCAAGUACAGCGUCCAGUACCGCACCGACCAGAAUCUCAACUGGAUCUACUACAAGGACCAGACGGGGAACAACAGGGUGUUCUACGGGAACUCGGACCGCUCCUCCUCGGUUCAGAACCUCCUGCGUCCUCCCAUGGUAACUCGCUACAUCCGUUUACUCCCUCUGGGCUGGCACACACGUAUCGCCAUCCGCAUGGAGCUGCUGCUCUGCAUGAGCAAGUGUACCUGA